AUGGCCGGUUGGGAUAGAAUCAGUGAAUUGCCAGAAUCUUUGCUAACUCAUGUACUCUCUUAUCUUCCGACAAAAGAUUCCGUUAAGACAAGCGUUUUGUCUAAAAGAUGGGAAUCUGUCUGGCGUAGGGUUCCUGGACUUGACUUAAAGUAUAACGAUUUCCCUGAAGAGUUUCCUCCUCAUGAUCAAUCCCUGGAGAGCUUGGUCAACAAAUUUCUGGAGUCUAACAAAGAGUCACGAAUGCAAACAUUCAAGAUACAGUUCGAGUACGAGCAAUGCGAUGAUGAUCAACUCGUGGUGUGGAUUGAUAAAGCAGUUGAUCGCGGAGUUCAACAUUUAUAUGUUGAGACCGAGAAGGCUCCCAACAUAACUCAGAGCAUUUACACGAGCAACACAUUGGUCUCUCUAACGCUCCUAUCCGUAGGGCUUGAGUCUCCCAAAAAUGUGGUGUCUCUUCCUUGUCUCAAGAUGAUGCAUAUUGAAGACGUUUAG